GUGCCUUCAUGGUCUUGUGGUGUGGUUACUUGUAGCCACUAGUGGGCCCGGUGCGGUGCAGCCAUCGUGUCCGGCUCAGCCCUGCUCUCUGUGGGAAGUGAGCGGGCAUUCAGAGAGGAUGCUGAGGCCUGCCAGUCCCGCGACUCAUCCAUCAGUAACCCGGGGCUAUUAGGCUGGUCCGGGCUAUGGCUGCACCUAUCGCACAUUUCGACGACGACUGGCCGAUCGUAGGUGAUCUGAGCAUGGUUUCAGACCAGAGGCUGCUGCCGCAGAAAGGCCGCGCAGCCGCCGCCGCCGCGGGGGAAGCUGCACCGCAGCUCCUCCUGGAUGAGGAUGACUUCCCGGAGCUUCACGACAGCAGCUUCUCCCCGGGGGAAAGCGGUGCUUUCAGGUCCAUGGAGGACCUGGUGAACGAUUUUGACGAGAAGUUGUCGGUUUGCUUCCGUAAUUUUGACGCCAGGACGGACAGCAUCGCUCCUGUGAGCGAGAUAACAGAGGAGUCGCUGCUGGAGAAAGACGAAAUCUGGAAGUCUUUGACCAGUAACUACGGGCGUGUGAUGCCUGUGGACUGGAAACAGUCGCGGACAUGCUCCCUCCACAUUCCCACCAACAACCUGGAGGAGAAGCCUAGAAAGACUGAUGUCACGGCAGAGCUGUCAGAUGAUGAGGAGCUGAGGGAGCAGCUGGACAUGCACUCCAUCAUCGUCUCCAGCCUCGCCGAUGAGCCCCUUUUCACAGCAGAGCAGGUCAUCGAGGAGAUAGAGGAGAUGAUGCAGGACUCUCCUGACAUGGAGGCAGGGCACAAUCCAUCUCAGUCGGACCUCUCGAUGCUCUCCUUGGACGUCCAGCGGUCCACCAGGAGCCCCACCUAUGAAUUGAGGGUGAGGACCCUGAGUGUUGCAGAGUUGAAUGAGCGUCUGGAGGAGAUGGAGACAAACAUCAGGAGAUUCUCAGAGGAGCUGGUGCAGCAGCUGGCUCUCAGGGACGAGCUGGACUUUGAGAAAGAGGUGAAGAACAGCUUCAUCUCAGCGCUCAUCGAUGUACAAAACCGACAGAAGGAGCACCGGGAGCUGCUGAAGAAAAAGAAGAAGCUCAGAAGUGGAGCUGGGAAGUCGCAGGGCCACGCGGAGAAGACGCUCGGAUCACGCUUCAGCGUGGAGGGAAUCUCCUCUGUCAUUCAGAACAGCUUUCGGCAAACUUUUGGGAGUGGGUGCAGUGAAAGACAGUAUUUGACCACAGUCAUCCCUUACGAGAAAAAGGGAAACCCUCCGUCACUUGAGGACCUCCAGAUCCUAACUAAGAUUCUACAAGCUAUGAGAGACGACAGUGACAAAGUGCCCAGUCUCUUAACAGACUAUAUCCUCAAAGGUGAGCUGCUCUCUGUUGAUUUUGUUUACUCACUGUAGCUGGCAGUGUGUCUGCACUGUCAGUGGUGUUCCACAGGGACUGGUGCUGGUGACGUGACCUUAAAGAACCACCACAGCAAUUUUGCAUGUUACAAAAUUUACUUUGAAUCAUUUAUACUCCACAUUACUUUUGGCCAUAAUAUCACAUAUAGAUUUUAUUUCCCGCAAUUUCAGUACAUUGUAAAAUGCUUGAUAUCAGCAAUCAAGUAAAGUUAGAUGAUGUUACAUCACUAUUACUUGAUAUUGCAAUUGGGAGCAGGUAUUACUUUGAAAGCAAUUCAUGCUGAUGCAUUGAAAGACACAACAAAAUGUGAAAUUUGACAGUUGGCAGCCAUAAGCCAUCACGUUUUCAGUCAUUUGUAGAUUAAAUACAACAAGAAAAUAUUCAUAGUCUUAAAAGCAUGAUUUAAAUCUGGUACUUAAAAAGUCUGGUAGCUGACUCUGAGGUCUCAAAUGACACAGUGCUCGAUGAGUAUGAGCUGCAGACUGUACAUAAAAAUGGCCGACGCGUCUCCACUGAAGCCAAAAUGUCCCGGAUACAGGCGCUGACAUUUUGUUCUGGUGAUGUCAUUUGGAGCCAGAGUCUGCGCAGUAGUAAUUGGGGAAUGAGGCCACUGUAUUAAGGUCCUGCACAUACACCCGCCUGACUCAAUCACAGGUCAAUCACGGCUAUAUAUAUAUAUUUAUUAAACGGAUAGUUGAACAUACAUCAGCAUGACAAGAUCUACCUAAAAUAGCAGAAACAUCUUUAGAAAAAAUUUAUUUAAUGUGUUUUUUGAUUUUUUUAGUUUGGCCCAUGUCCCAUCUGUUAACAUGGAGGGGGCGGGGUUUCUGACCUAUACCACAGCCAACGACCAGGGGGCGAUUGAGAUGCUUUGGCUUUACUUUGGGGGAGCUGUAAUGUCAUCCAGCUUUAUUAUAUAGUCUACAGUCUGUAUACCACACUUAACGAUGGAAAACAUGAUAGCUUCCUAAGAGUGAAUCACGAACCCCUCAAUCACCCCCUGGUGGCUGGCUGCAGUAUAGGUCAUGAACCCUCCAUGUAAGCUGAUGGGACAUUGGCUAAUCUAAAAAAUCAAAAUACACAUUAAAAACAUUUUCCCAAAAAUGGUUUCUGUCAUUUAAAGUAGUUCCUAUCACACUGUUGUGUGUUUUUUUCUGAUAAGUUUGGCUUUAAGUAGUCAUUUAAUGUCAUGAAAAGGGGAUUUGACAUCAUGAUUGACAGCUGUGUGUGCCAAUCCGUGUGCUCAUGAUCAAUAACUCUGCUCACGAUUGUUUGGCCAAGAACUUGAUACUGUGGAGAUCGCUGCUGCGCUGACUAUGGCUCCAAAUGACUUCACCAGCGCAAGAUGGCAGCAGCGGUAUCCAGGAUAUUUUGGCUUCAUUUUUGUACAGUCGGGGGUAAGUGGAGACGUGUUGUCUAGCCAUUGUACAUUUUCUUUAGGUUAACCCAGAUGUUAGCUUUGUCCUGGUUCCCUCAACAUAAAGCCUAUGGGACUGUUCAGUUGGUUUUUCAUUAAUAGCAGAAAAUGAGGACCAUUUUUAUGUUGAUUUUUUUAGGCAUAAAUGCAAUCUGCAGAAGUAAAAGCUAACGUUAGGCUACAAAAGAAGUAGGCUACACCAUGACCUCACAACUUCACCGUCACCACCACAAUGAGCCUAUAAAGCCGUGCUCGGCGUGAUGAUUAUCUUUAUCCUCAUUCAGCUACUUGCUACCAACUGUUUUUGGCAUGUAAACCACCUUUUAAGAGCUUAUUUUAGGCAUCUAACCAAAAAAACCAUUGACUUUGUGACAAACCGGAAGUGCAAACAAGCUAACUCCUUUCUUUUAGGCCUGCAGCAGUAAAUGCAAUUUGGACAAAAAAAAAAAAGACCAUGUCAUGCAACUCAAAUUUGACUUCCACACUGUACUGAAAUCAGCUGGAGUCAACAGCUGCCUGAAGGCAAGAAAAACACAACUGCUUCAGAAAGUAACUAUUAUUAAUGUACCUCUAUCUUUUAUAUCUUUCAUGCCCUUCCUUUCACAUGUUCUGUUUUCAUUCUUUCAUGUUUUCUUUCUCUACUUCUUUAAAUCUAAUUUAUCGCUGCCUUACGCUCACUAGCUCUGAUGUGAGCAACGGACUGAGAGGUUUGUUUCACACAUUGAUGUGCACUGUUGUGGUUGUCGCUGCUCACAUUGGGAGAGUGCCCCCUCUCUACCACUGAACUGUAGUGCAGUCUGACCCUGACGUUUCUCCUUUUCACCUUACACCCCCCCUCCCACACAGUGACUGGCUUCAGCAUGAUCAAGCCCUCUUUUUGUCAAGACUCACUGGGAGUGACUCACUGUCACACAUAUUAAACCUCUAUUCAUCCCUCAGUUAAUAUUCAAGACACAGUUUUAUGAUCAUAAGUCAUCUGAUAAAAGUGUUUAUCCUCACCCAUCCUACUUCAGAAAUAGGUUUGUCAACGGCACUAACUGGUGUGCUACAGUUUAGAAUUGUCCUUUUGCUUUUCCUGUUAACAUCUCCUACUUUGUAAUUUGUACUGAUCCCCUCACUGUGAAGCUUCAUCUCUUGGUCACUCAUAGCUCUGGUAAUAUUGAUCUCAUUCUCUGUUAUUACAGUGCUUUGCCCAACUUAAGACCAGAGGGACUGUGCCCCACACCCUGCAGAGGCUUCAGAUAGUUUAACAACAAGAAGAUGAAGAGGACGCAUUGUAUUUUUCAUUUUCUUUUUUGCAGACAUGAAGUAAACUUAAUUUAUUCCUGCAUGUUUUUACCUCAAGAUGUGGUUUUUUUUUUGGUUCUUUUCUUCAUUUAGUUGUAUAUAUUUUGUGUUGGACAUUGUGAUUUUGCAAACCUUGUGUGUUCCUGUGAAUUUUGACUCCUUUUCAGUGUUUUUUUUUGUUUGUUUUCUUGCACUGUGAAAGAGUUUCUUAAAAAAUAUAAAUUGUACAAGAAAAGUACCCAGGUAGAUGAAUACCAGCGUUGAGGCUGCACUGUUUGGAAACUGAGCUAUAAGUGAGCGCAAAAGCAGAGUGCAAAGGGCUUUGUAUUUAUCUGAAGAGCUGAACUAGCAACGAACAAAUGCACCAAGCACGUUGAAGUUGCAGUAAUAGAGAAUUAUGAAAAGAGCUUUGAUGCAUCAAAACUGUAAAGUAUAAACAGUAAAUAAGAGUAUUUUGUUUGACGAUCCCCAAGAGGAAAUUAAUAAGUAUUACAGCAGCACAUGAGACAGAUCAGAGAGAGAGGAAGAAACAGGAUACAUAGAGCAUAAUGUAAUAUUAACAAAUAAAUGAGUUAGUUACCUUAAACCGGUAUAAUGUAAAACCAUCAUAUAAUUCAACACGUUGCAGCAAAUGUGUGUCACCUGCUUUCAUCUCAGCAGAACACCACAUGUAUUAUCAUUAUUAUUAUUGGAUGGAAGAUAAAGUGUUGAUGUAGUCUGGACUGAAAUGAACUAAUUAACUAACUAUGCAUUUAAGUGAGUACUGAAUUGUGACCCAUGCACUGUCUGUACUUUGGUGACGCUGACUGGAACUCUGAAUCAGAGGCUGGAGCGUCGACGUGCCUGCUGUGCACAGGGCAGCUUGUUAUUCUGUAUGUAUUCUCGUGUAUUUACAGACUGCCUUUGCCUUUGCCUGAACUUUUGUACAUGAUAAAUUACUUAUUUUCAAUGAAUGUCAAAUUGCUGGACUACUUACAGAACCUGCUUCAUUGUUAAUUUAUUUUGUAAAUCUUUUGUUUCAAAUAUAUUGAUAAAAUUGCA